AUGGACACGUCCGUUAAGGUGGUUGUUGUUGGAGAUGGAGCAGUAGGAAAAACAUGCAUGCUGUAUUGUUAUGCAAACAAUCAAUUUCCGGAAGAUUAUGUUCCGACAGUCUUUGAUAAUUACAAUGCAAAUAUGUUAUUUGGAAAUCAAUCAGUGAGCCUUGGGUUGUGGGACACGGCUGGUCAAGAGGAUUAUGAUUCCUUGCGUCCGUUAAGUUAUGCUGAAACUGAUGUAUUUCUUGCAUGCUUCUCCGUCGUAUCAAAAACUAGCCUAAAUAAUGUUAAGCAAAAAUGGUUACCUGAAAUUAAGCAGCACAUGCAAAAAAAGACUCCUAUUCUGCUUGUGGGGUUAAAGAAAGAUCUAAGAUUAGAUCCUAAAACCACAAGGGAGGUUUUAGAAGCAGGGGAUACAAUUGUAUCUGAAAAGGAGGGAAAAGACGUGGCAGAGGCUCUGGAUUGUGUGACGUAUUGUGAAUGCAGUGCCAAAACGAGAGAUGGUUUGGAAGAAGUGUUUAUGAGUACAGUUGCAGCUGUAUUAAAUCCUCAACAAAUAUCACACAAGGACGUGCAAUCAAAGAAAAACGUGAAAAAGUGUUGUUUGGUCCAAUAA